AUGACAAGGACGAGGGUUCUGCAUCAAGUAUUAUAUCUGAUUUCCUCAUCAAGUGCCACUGUGGUCUUCAAGGAGAUGGAUGGCUGGGCAUCUAGAGGCUUUUCACACAAAAAGUUCAUUUGCAAUGACUGUGAUCUUUGGGAGCUGAAGAAACAGGCUAAGGUAGUGCCAGCACCAAGCUGGAAGAGCAGCCGACAUACCAAAAAAUGGCCAAAAGACUUCUUGGAUUUGCCCCCAACUCCAUUGGCUAAGCAGUUAAAAAACCUUAACCUGAAUUUGAUUAUGGCUGCUAUCCAUGCAAACUGUCCCACUGGGACACUUCUGUCUGGCGGAAAAGGGAAGCUGGUCACAGAGAAGAAGACAUGGUCAGCCCAUAAUGCAGAUGCUGUGCAACAGGGAGGCUCUUGUAUCAUUCCCCAGCAGGCUCUCCAAACCCUCACCAAUAUGAGAGAAGUCAGGCAGGACUGGAAAGAGGACCGUGGUAUAUAUGGACCACCCAGCUCAGUUGCACUAGGCUUUCAAUGUUCAUGUUCACCCAACCAGCUGGCAGGACCCUCUGCCAAAUGCGCACACAAUGUCACAGAGCUAGAGGAGGAAAAAGCUGACUAUGAGGAUAUUCAAGAGGAAGUGGAAGAGCCAAUGGACCCAGAGCACAUCUGCAUGUUUGAAGAACCAACCAAGGUGAAGGAAAAGGCAAUGGAAGAAGAAGAACAAGAGCAAGAGCAGCAAGAUAUACUUGAGCUUAUCAAUAUACAAGUCAAGGAAACUGAAGAGGAUGGACACCCAGAUGAAGCCCUUGGCGCAAUAGAAGAUGAGGAAGACUUGCACCUACUCAAGCAAGACAGAGAUGAGACUAUGCGCAUACCUCCUCCCUCUGAUCCCAACAACACUUCCUGUACACCCGCUGGGCCUCACACGAUGCAGGAAUACACAGAAGAGGAUGAGAAAAUUGCAUACCAAGGCACCAUCCUUGAUGAUGUCAGGACUGCACAAGCAUACAUUGAUCUCCUCAAGAGCGCGCACAUCAACAAUGCUGACUACCACACACUCUCCAACUCUGCUUGUUACCGGCUCUGUAACCCUCCCUGCACCAUUGUUGAUCUCAAGGAUGAUCAAGACAAACACAUGUCAAUUGAUUACAGACUCAGGAACUGGAUGCCAGAAGACUACCGUGCUAGCUGUAGAAUUGCUGAACGUAAGCUGACAGGUCUUCAAACCAAUAGCUACCACAACAUGGUGAAGGAGAUUGAGAAGAUCACAGGUGUUGAUGGUAUGGUGGACAACAUGUGCAUCAAUACAUGCACGGCAUACACGGCCCACUUCUCCAUCUUGAAAAGUGCAUUAUAA